UCACGCCCAAGAGAGACGCCUCCGCCCUCACACCAGCCCCCACCCCCACCAAGCACACGCGCACAAGACAAGCCUUCCAUCCCCUUCCCACAGCCCACUCCACUUCCCCGGUGAGGCCGAGCGAUCCACCACCACGGCGACGACGCACCACCGCGACCGCGUUGGCGACAGGUUUGUUCUCUGAACCCUCUGCUCCUCGUAGAAGCUAGGCAGGUAAAGGAAGGAAGCCUUUUUCGGGGACCUUUCUUGCUGGUGUUAUUUGAUCAAGCAAGAUAUUGUUCCUGGAAAAGAUUGGGAAUUUAUUUCAACUCACUUUCUUCCUCUUCCUUCUAGUAGGGAGAACAGAGAUCCAGGGAACCUUUUUUCUCUCCUGGAUUAAUCCUUGUCUGUUCUUUUAGAACUUUUUGGUUUCUUCUAGCUCCUUUUUUUUUUUGGUUCUUCCUUUUAGCAAGCCAGAAAGGGUUGUUUUUACAGUCCCCCUUCAGGCUGCAACCAACCAUUGACCGACCACCUCUGUUCUUCGCUUUUAUUGAAGAAACAGGACUUAUUUUCCCUAAAUUCUUUUUCUGUUUUCUCCAUUUCACUUUCUGCAUAAAAAGAUUCGAUAUUUUGGUAGUCCUUUUUUUCAUCUUCCUAAUGGCAGCUAUAGAUUUGUACACAAACCAGCUGAGCUCCUCCUCCUCGUCCUCCUCGGACCAAGAGCUCAUGAAAGCACUCGAACCUUUUAUCAGGAGUGCUUCGCCCACCUCCUCCACAUCCACCUCCACCUCCACCUCCUACCCCUCUGCUUUGCCUCAAGAUUCGUACUGCUUCCCCGCUUCCUCGUACACCACGCUUCAACCCCCGCUUGCUCCCACCGCUACCUCCUUCUCGCAGCUCCCGCCUCUGCCGCCCACCUCGUCCUACACCUCGCCGGCGGCGUAUCCGUCGGUGAACGCUGCGGCGGGGCUGACCCACCUGGGGCCAGCGCAAAUCCAGCAGAUCCAGGCGCAGCUCCUGGCGCAGCAGCAGAAGGUCCUGGGGGUGUCGUUCCUCGGCCCGCGGGCGCAGCCCAUGAAGCAGGCCGGGGCGGUGCCAUCGUCGGCCGCGAAGCUGUACCGCGGCGUGCGGCAGCGGCACUGGGGCAAGUGGGUAGCGGAGAUCCGCCUGCCCAGGAACCGGACGCGGCUGUGGCUCGGCACCUUCGACUCCGCCGAGGACGCGGCGCUCGCCUACGACAAGGCGGCCUUCCGCCUCCGCGGCGACGCCGCGCGUCUCAACUUCCCCUCCCUCCGCCAGGGCGGCGCGCACCUCGCGGGCCCGCUCGACACCUCCGUCGACGCCAAGCUCACCGCCAUCAGUCAGAACCUCGCAGCCACACCCACGUCCAAGGCAAGCGCUCCCCCGGACUCGCCCAAGGCGUCGCCGCCCACGUCGAACACUACGGAGGGGGACGGGUCGGUGCACUCCGCCGGCUCACCUCGUCCCCUCCUCUCACCGUGGCAGCAGCCGGCGCCGCCGCUCCCCGAGAUGGCGAGCCUAGACUUCACGGAGGCGCCGUGGGACGAGUCCGCCGCCUUCCACCUCAGCAAAUAUCCGUCCUGGGAGAUCGACUGGGACUCCAUCCUCUCGUGAUCAAUUCAACAAGCAGACGCUCAAUUAAGCAGUGUAAUUUUUGUUAAUUAUUAAUUUAUUAGCCCGCUGCCGCAUCGGUCCGAUGGAAUAUUAGACAUGGGCCGCGGCGGCUGCGAGUAGGGUUUAAGGAGUUCGUCGUACGUUAACAAGGGUUUAAUCUUCAGUCUUGCUAUUAGUAAUCUCCUGGUUGCUUCGCCGGCAGCGGCAGUGUUACUAGACACUAAUGUCCAUUUUCUUUUCCAAAUCAGACAAUCGAAUCUGAUCCAAGUCAUAUUCUGACACUGUUCGCCGGUAGUGUUUUUUCUUUCGGCAAGGCCAGUUGAGGUCUGAACUACUGUUUCUGUUUCUUCAUGUUUCAAAAUUAGUCUCUAUUUCUUCA